GAGAUGGCCGAGAAUUGGAAGAACUGCUUCGAAGAGGAGCUCAUCUGCCCCAUUUGCCUGCACGUCUUCGUGGAGCCGGUCCAGCUGCCCUGCAAGCACAACUUCUGCCGGGGCUGCAUCGGGGAGGCGUGGGCCAAGGAGUCGGGCUUGGUGCGGUGCCCGGAGUGCAACCAGGCCUACAACCAGAAGCCCAACCUGGAGAAGAACCUGAAGCUCACCAACAUCGUGGAGAAGUUCAACUCCCUCAACCUGGAGAAGCCUCCCUCCGUCUUGCACUGCGUCUUUUGCCGCCGGGGCCCGCCGCUGCCGGCCCAGAAGAUCUGCUUGAGGUGCGAGGCUCCUUGUUGCCAGUCCCACGUUCAGACCCACCUGCAGCAACCCUCCACCGCCCGGGGCCAUCUCCUGGUGGAGGCGGACGACGUGCGGGCCUGGAGCUGCCCCCAGCACAACGCCUACCGCCUGUACCACUGCGAGGCCGAGCAGGUGGACGGCAGGAGGCGGCUGCGCCAGCCAAAGGCACAGGCAUCACUGAGGCUCAUCUUCAUCCUGUGA